AUGUUUUCUUAAAUAGAAGUACAAAAAUAUUAUUAAGACAGAUUAUGGAAAGAAACAAUAAAUAAGCGAAAGCAGUACUAUCCAAAAUAGCAUUUAGGUGAAAGCAAGUAUAAAGAAGAUUGGUAUAAUUAAAAGAACAUAAUAUACCCUAAGAAAUCUUUUUUAGACAAGAUUAAGCUCAAAUAAGAGUUAUAUAAAUUCAGAUAGAAUGCAGAGAAUUUAUCUUAACUAAAAUCUUCUAUUCAUGGACCUGCUAAGUAAGUCAAUCUAAAUGGGUAUUUUGAUUCUAAUUCAGAUAAUUCAAGCAAUUUAGAUUCAAGGCUGCUACUAAGAGGUAGCUUAAGCAAUUCUCCAAAUAAAUUAAAUGCAAUAAAUAACAAUUAUUACUUGAAGUAAAAUUCUCCUAUCUCGCUUCCACCAAUUAGAUAAGGAAACGGGCUUGGAUAAAUUGCGUAAACUUUGUAAACAUAAGAAAAUUAUCCAGUACUGACAAAAAAUUUUAGUUAACCAAACAUCUUGAAUAUGUAACAAUAAUAGUAUUUAAAUGGGUAAAGAGGUAAACAUUAGCAAACAGUUCCAAAUUCUUAAAGUAACCAAAGUUUAUUUAUUACAAAGUAAUAGUAAUCUGAUUCUAAGCUUAAUGUAGAAAGUUAAAAUCAUUUAUAGAGUGAUAUUUCAUCAUUAAAUUAUGGGGAAAAUAUUAAUGAUAUCUCUUAGUUUGAUAACUAUUAUCAUCAAUAAUAACUAUAUGAUAAAUAGUAAGCCACCUCACCUCCAAAGUAAUUAAAUAUCCCUAGGAUAGCGAUAAAUAAUAUUAAUCAUAGAAAUAGUGCUGGAGGUAUAAGCUAAAAUUCAAAUGAUUAUUAAUAAUAAAUUCUCUAAGACUCAUUAACACUUACACCUACACCUAUGGGAGAUGUUUCGUAUGCCAAAAGAGUAUAAAAUUCACCAUUCAGCAAAUAUGUUGAUGGCCAAGAAGAUGGUGUUUCUCAAUCUCAAGUUUCAUAAAAUAACCAAUCUAAUUCUAGCCAAAAGAAAAUAAAAGGUUUAAAAGGAAAAGAUAAAUAGUCAUCUUAAUAGUCAACUUAAAUAAAUUUUUCAUAAAUGAAUGGUGUUGAAAAAUUCUCAUAUUUGGUCAGUAAACUCGGAGAUACACAAACUAGAUUUAUCACAAUGGUUGAAUAGGAUAAUGAACUUUAAAUGAUAUUUGAGAACCUUAUUGCUUUAAAAUUAAAUGAUCUUUCUAAACUUUUCAUUAAGUUUUUUAGAUUUUGUUUAGAAAAGCUUGUGUUUGGUGAUAACAGUAAAAAUGUAAAUAAAAGUUCUUUUUCUCAGUAGUAGCCUAUAGUUAAAGAUAUUGGAAAAAUUGAUCCUCGUAUUUUUAAAAAGAUCAGCAUUUCCUAAGGAUUAGUUAAACCCUUAGAAAAUUUUUUUGCAGAAGAGUUGGAAAAAGUAGAAUUUCAUAAAGAGGUAGCUAAAUUUCGCUUAAUUUGGAAAGAAAUGUGUGAAAAGCAUUUAAUCGUUCAUAAUUUACUUUUGGAAAUAGGAGGAAUAAGAAGACUUAAAGUAAUAUUAUCAAAUAUAGCAGAUAACUUGUAAAAACACUACUCUAUUAAAUUUACUUCUUCGUAGCUUGAAGAUAUUUUUAACUUUGCUUAGGCUAUUUUUUAAGAUAACCAAAACAUCACUUCAAGUCUUUUAUUGAAAUACAGGUAAUAAUUAUUGAGGAAUAGAGGAACGCUUAAUUUUUAAAGAGUAACCUUUGUUGACCUCUUUAUAAUUAAGCAUUUUGUUUUUUUAGAGCUAUCGAAGGAAGAAUAUAUUCCUUGGGAAUCAAAACUAAUUUUACUUUAGAGAUUGGAGUCGUUUAGAUUUGAUAAUUUUAGGGAUUUGUAUAAUUUACCUGAAUAAGCAGAAAUUAUUUAGCACUUAAAAAAUUUUAUCCCUUAAGCUUUAGUAAGUUAAUUUUAAUUUAAUACAAAAGACGCACUUGAAUAAUUCUUUGUUCAAUUAACAGAUAAUUUAUUGGGUAGUGGAAAUGCUUUAAAGUUUAUAGAAUAUUUAAAUCAAAGUGGAUUGCCUUCCUCAUAUAAUAAUAUAAUAAUGAUGGAGCAUUUAAUCAAAUCAAGUGUUUCACUUAGCAAAGAUAUUCCAUAAAUAAUAAAAAAGAUUAUAGAGCACAAGUUUAUUACAUUAAAAAGAAAUCUUUAGAUAUACACCAAUUUUAAUAGUGUAAUCACAAAAGCUGAUGAAAUCGUUAAUAAAAUGCAUACUAUGAAUAUCAUUCUUUUAAAAUAUCUUAAAAUUCCAGCUUCAGAACAUCAAAAAUACUUAGACAUGAAUCUUUUUUAUCAAAUUCUUGUAGAAGUGUGCUCCAAAUUAGAUGCUUUCUCCUUAUAAGAUUUAUAGUAUGGGUUAAAGCAUUACAACUUCACCUAGAAACAUUACUAUUUCUGGAUAAAAUCAAUAAAAAGAGUACUUUUAGAAAUGAAAUACUCUAUGGGUGAUGUUUAAAAUCUUGCUAUUCACCUAGAAAAAAUAUACAACGAUUCAACUUUGUGA